AUGAUCUUUUACAAAAUGGCUCGUCCACAAGACCCUCCACGCGGUUUCUUCCCAUUUGGGAACCCGUUCAAGAAUCUAUCUUCAAAGAACCCUGUAUUAUCGUCGAAGCUUCUCUCGCUGUUGAACAGUUUCGAGGUAAACUUGGCAUCUUCGAUUAGAAAGCUUGUCCCAAAGGAAAAGAGCCAGAUCCUGACUGUUUCAUGGAUGAAGCAAGCCAUGGAGUCUCUCUGCGAGACACAUAAUGGUAUCAAGACUCUUAUAACCGAUCUCGAGCUUCCGGUAUCAGACUGGGAGGACAAAUGGGUUGAUGUGUAUCUUGACGUAAGCGUGAAGCUCCUCGAUCUCUGCAACGCCUUUAGCUCAGAGCUAACCCGUCUCAACCAAGGCCACCUCUUGCUCCAGUUUGCUCUGCAUAACCUGGAGACAAACUCCCCUCGGAAUCUGUCGAAAGCCCAGUCAUCACUCGGCAGCUGGAAGCAACACAUUGUUUCCAAGAACCCGAGGAUGGAAAACUGCCGCGCAAUCCUGAGCAGCCUCGUUCAAAGCUUGAAUCUCCCCAAGGUGAAAAAAUACUCGGCCAGAGGAAAAGUCCUGAUGCGAGCUCUAUACGGUGUCAAGGUUAAGACUUUAUACGUUUCCGGUGUUUUUGCUGCAGCAUUCUCAGGUUCGUCGCACAAUCUGUUUUACCUUACCGUCUCAGACGAGCUUCCAUGGGCACAGUCAUUCAUGGAAAUGCAGAACACGAUGAACGCAGAAAUCAAGAACGUAUUUUUGUCAGACGGGUUUACGGUUCUGAAAGAGCUCGAGGCCGUUGAUUCGGGUGUUCAGAGACUUGCCCCUGCGAUCCGACAAGGGUCAUUUGAUCCCAUUUCGCUGCAGCCACUGAAGGACUCGGUCACGGAGUUAUCGAAUGGGCUAGAUCUUGUUUCGAAGGAGGUGGAUUGUUUCUUCAAGACUCUGUUGUCGGGGCGGGACACAUUACUGGAGAACCUCAGGUCGAUGGGCGUAUCAACGGUACUCGCAACAUCACCAAAAACGGUUGCUGAUAGACAGCUAUUGUGUGAAUGGAUGGUGUAAGUUCGGUAGUGAAUGUGUUGUUAGGUGUGUGUGGUAUUGUGGUCGUUUGUGUGAGAUGCAAUGAAACUAGUAUUUGUAUAAGUAAAGGUUUUUCAAAAGUUAUUAAAUCUUGCUAGUAUAUUAAAAAUUCUCGAGAUUUAUCAUCUUGUAAGCAGAGGACGCGAGAAACGGUCAAAUUUCCGCUCUUGUAGCACUCUAAAUCUAGCUGGGUCUGUCUCGGAUUUAUUCAAUUCACAAUCUUUGAGUUUAGUGGUGUAAAGAGAGAGAGAGAGAGAGAGAGAGAGAGAGAGAGAGAGAGAGGAAGAAAUAUCAACGGAGAGAGGCGUCAAUGAUCAUCGUAGCAGAAGAAUGGCUAUCAACAAUGGUCGUUAUGUUCAGUAUAACCUCUAUGAGAACCCAAUCGGCGACAAGAGCUCAGGCAAGAGUCGGUGAAAACAGUUCUUCUGGACCCGUCGGAUAUCCAGAGAAGGAGAGAAGAAGCUGCUUCAGGAUGAUGGUGGCUGGGCGGCGAUCCAUCUUGGCUCAGAUCUGAAGCGGCGGCGACCCCUCGGGAGAUGGGCCUAAACCGGAGAAGGUCAUUUGCAUGAAAUCAUCAGCUUGAUAAUGUACUAAAAUUCUUGAGAAUAUUAUUAGUUUUGAUUUUCUUUCAAUCGGUUUUAUUUUGUCUUGUAUGAUUUGAAGCCGAAUCAAGUACCUUCUCUUUUUGGUUCGGUUCUGUUUUCGAAUUGGAUUUUCCGGUUACAGUUGCACGUUGAUUGGCCUAAGACCAUUUAUCAUGUCGCAGAAAAGGCGAAGAAGCGUUUCAUAUUGACAAAAUAAUAUUAACGUUUCA